AAUCUGUUGGCUUCCGGCGCGAAGUUAGCUCGCGCUCGGCACCUGGGUGGUGGUUGCGGCGCGCGGGUUUGGAUCCUGGUUCCGCCGACUUGUAGUGUGCGUGAGAGGAUUAUGGCUGCUGUCCCUCAAAAUAAUCUACAGGAACAACUGGAGCGUCACUCAGCCAGAAGACUUAAUAAUAAAUUAAGUCUUUCAAAACCAAAGUCUUCAGGUUUCACUUUUAAAAAGAAAACAUCUUCAGAAAGCGAUGUGUCUCUGACUAGUGUGUCAGUUGCAAAAAUGCCUGUGUUAAGUAAUAAAGAUGUUAAUGUUACUGAGGACUUUUCCUUCAGUGAACCUCUAUCCCACAUCAAAAAUCAGUCGACCAGGAUCAGUGACGUCUUCAAGAAUGCUCCAGAGGGACAGCAAACCCAGAGACUUGCUUCAAAACCAUCAUUGCAGAUUCCGAAGGAAGUUUUAUGCACUACCCAGAAUACACCAGUUAUAAAGAAAUCUCGUGAUGCUGCUUUCAAGACAUUAGAAUUUAGUUCUUCAUCAGAUUCUUUUAAUGCCAUUGAUGAUUGGGACGAUAUGGAUGACUUCGAUACUACUGGGACUUCAAAAGCAUUUGUUACACCGUCCAGAAAUCACUUCGUAAGAGUAAGCACUGCUCAGAAAUCAAAAAAGGCUAAGAGAAACUUUUUAAAAGCACAGCUUUAUAAAACAAAUACAGUAAAUAUUGAUUUGACUUCCUCCUCUGAAAGCAAGCAAGUAGAUUUGACUAAGGAGCAAAAGGAUGACUCAGAAUGGUUAAGUAGCGAUGUGAUUUGCAUUGAUGAUGGCCCUGUUUUCAAAGUGCCUACAAGUGAAGAUACUCAGAAAAGUCACUCUUUGGAAACUCAUUUGGGAGAUGAAAGAGAUAAUAGUGAAAAGAAGAACAAUUUGGAAGAAGCUGAAUUACAUUCAACUGAGAAAGUCCCAUGUAUUGAAUUUGAUGAUGAUGAUUACAAUAUAGAUUUUGUUCCACCUUCUCCAGAAGAAGAAAUUAAUUCUACCACUUCUUCUUCUUUAAAAUGCUUUAGUAUGUUAAAGGACCUGGACACCUCUGAGGAAAAGAAGGAUGUUCUUAGCACAUCAGAAGAUCUUUUGUCAGCACCUGAGAAUGUGCCUACACAGAAGCCCCAUCCAGAAGCCAGCACAGAUUGUGACGCUGGACAGAAAAGUUUACAGCAGCAGCUUAUUCAGGUGAUGGACCGCAUCUGUAAAUUAGUUGAUACUAUUCCUGCUGAUAAACUGAUAGCUUUGGAUUGUGGGAAUGAACUACUUCAGCAGCGAAACAUAAGAAGGAAGCUCCUAGCGGAGGCAGAUUGCAACACAAAUGAUGCCAGUCUUCUUGGCUGGAUAUGGAGACGCAGGCCUGACUCACUUUGUAGCCCUGUGGAGGGUGAUUCUUACCCAAGGGAAAUUUCUAUGAAGGAAUUAAAUUCUUCACACCUUUCUUUAGAUUCUGUUUCCCCUGGGGAAUGUUUACUGACCACCACCCCAGGAAAAACAGGAUUCUCAGCCAGGAAGGAUCUCUUUGAAAGGCCUUUAUUCAAUUCCCAUUUACAGGAGUCCUUUGUAAGUAGCAACUGGGCUGAAACACCGAGGCUACAAAAAAGAAAUGAAAGCUCUUAUUUCCCAGGAAAUGUUCUCACAAGCACUGCUGUGAAAGAUCAGAAUAAACACACUGCUUCAAUAAGUGACUUAGAAAGGGAAACUCAGGCUUCCUAUGAUAUUGAUAAUUUUGACAUAGAUGACUUUGAUGAUGAUGAUGACUGGGAAAAUAUAAUGCAUAAUUUAGCAGCCAGCAAAUCUUCCACCGCUGCCUAUCAACCUAUCAAAGAAGGUCCGCCGAUUAAAUCAGUAACAGAAAGAAUUGCUUCAGCCAAGACAAACUGUCUUCCAGUGGCAUCUACUGCUCAAAAUAUAAACUCCUCAGAGUCAAUUCAGAGUUACACUGACAAGUCAGCACAAAAUUUAGCAUCCAGAAAUCUGAAACACGAGCGUUUCCAAAGUCUUAGUUUUCCUCAUACAAAAGAAAUGAUGAAGAUUUUUCAUAAAAAAUUUGGCCUGCAUAAUUUUAGAACUAAUCAGCUAGAGGCGAUCAAUGCUGCACUUCUUGGUGAAGACUGUUUUAUCCUAAUGCCGACUGGAGGUGGUAAAAGUUUGUGUUACCAGCUACCUGCUUGUAUUUCUCCUGGGGUCACUGUUGUCAUUUCUCCUUUGAGAUCACUGAUAGUAGAUCAAGUCCAAAAGCUGACUUCCUUGGAUAUUCCAGCUACAUAUCUCACAGGUGAUAAGACUGACUCAGAAGCUACAACUAUUUACCUCCAAUUAUCAAAAAAAGACCCAAUUAUAAAACUUCUAUAUGUUACUCCAGAGAAGGUCUGUGCAAGCAACAGACUGAUUUCUACUCUGGAGAACCUGUAUGAGAGGAAGCUCUUGGCACGUUUUGUUAUAGAUGAAGCACAUUGUGUCAGUCAGUGGGGACAUGAUUUUCGACAAGAUUACAAAAGAAUGAAUAUGCUUCGCCAGAAGUUUCCCUGUGUUCCCGUGAUGGCUCUUACCGCCACAGCUAAUCCUAGGGUACAGAAGGACAUCCUCACUCAGUUGAAGAUCCUCAGCCCUCAGGUGUUUAGCAUGAGCUUUAACCGGCAUAAUCUGAAAUAUUACGUAUUACCGAAAAAGCCUAAAAAGGUGGCAUUUGAUUGCUUAGAAUGGAUCAGAAAGCAUCACCCAUAUGACUCAGGAAUUAUUUACUGCCUGUCCAGGAGAGAAUGUGACACAAUGGCUGACACCUUACAGAAAGGCAGUCUCGCUGCUCUUGCCUAUCACGCAGGCCUCACUGAUUCUGCCAGAGAUGAAGUGCAGCACAAGUGGAUUAAUCAGGAUGGCUGUCAGGUUAUCUGCGCGACAAUUGCAUUUGGAAUGGGGAUUGACAAGCCUGACGUGCGAUUUGUGAUUCAUGCAUCUCUCCCUAAAUCUGUGGAGGGUUACUACCAGGAAUCUGGCAGAGCUGGGAGAGAUGGGGAACUAUCUCACUGCCUGCUUUUCUAUACCUAUCAUGACGCGACCAGACUGAAAAGACUUAUAAUGAUGGAAAAAGAUGGAAACCAUCAUACGAGAGAAACUCACUUAAAUAAUUUGUAUAGCAUGGUACAUUACUGUGAAAAUAUAACAGAAUGCAGAAGAAUACAGCUUUUGGCUUACUUUGGUGAACAUGGAUUUAAUCCUGAUUUUUGUAAGAAACACCCAGAUGCUUCUUGUGAUAAUUGCUGUAAAACAAAGGAUUAUAAAACAAGAGAUGUGACUGAUGAUGUGAAAAACAUUGUAAGGUUUGUUCAAGAACACAGUUUAUCACAAGGAACAAGAAAUAUAAAACAUGUAGGUCCUUCUGGAAGAUUUACUCUGAAUAUGCUGGUUGACAUUUUCUUGGGGAGUAAGAGUGCAAAAAUUCAAUCGGGUAUAUUUGGAAAGGGAUCUGCUUAUUCACGACACAAUGCCGAAAGACUGUUUAAAAAGCUGAUACUUGACAAGAUUUUGGAUGAAGACUUAUAUAUCAAUGCCAAUGACCAGGCAAUCGCUUAUGUGAUGCUUGGAAAUAAAGCCCAAUCUGUACUAAAUGGGCAUUUGAAGGUAGACUUUAUGGAAACAGAAAAUUCCAGCAGUAUCAAAAAACAAAAGGCUUUAGUAGCAAAAGUUUCUCAGAGGGAAGAGAUGGUUAAGAAAUGUCUUGGAGAACUUACAGAAGUCUGCAAAUCUCUGGGGAAAGUUUUUGGUGUCCAUUACUUCAAUAUUUUUAAUACUGUCACUCUCAAGAAGCUUGCAGAAUCUUUAUCUUCCGAUCCUGAGGUUUUGCUUCAAAUUGAUGGUGUUACUGAAGACAAACUGGAAAAAUAUGGUGCAGAAGUGAUUUCAGUAUUACAGAAGUACUCUGCACGGACACUGCCAGCUGAGGACAGCUCCCCAGGGACAAGCUUGGCCAGCAACCGAGGCCCCGGGAGAAAUGCCCCUGAGGAACUCAAUGAGGACAUCCCUGUGUCUUCUCACUACUUUGCGAAUAAAGCCAGAAACGAAAGAAAAAGGAGAAAGAUGCCAGCCUCCCAGAAAGCCAAAAGGAGAAAAACUGGUUGUGGUGGUUCCAAGGCAAAAGGGGGAUCUACCACAUGCAGAAAGAUAGCUUCCAAAACUAAAUCCUCCAGCGUGAUUGGAACCAGCUCAGCCUCACAUGGUUCUCAAGCAACAUUGGGAGCCAGUAGGAAAUUGGGGAUUAUGGCUCCACCAAAACCUAUAAAUAGACCGUUCCUUAAGCCUUCGUACGCAUUCUCCUAACAGCCAGAGCUCUGCGCACAGAGGUCUCUUCUCUCGUUUGUCAGCAUCUGACCAUCUGUGAAUAUAAAGCUGUUAUUCUUGUUAUACCAUUUGAAAUUUUUACUCAUAUCUAUUAAUAUUUAAAUAAAUGCUUGGGGUGAUAGUUCUUGUGUUUAAAAUAAGCAUUUUCUUUUGAAUAA